AUGAUCGAAACGAACAUGCUUCUCCAGACAAUAUCUUCUUCUUCUCCUCCUUUUCACCGUUUCUAUCUCCACCACCAUCCUCAGAUUCUCCCUUCGCUUAAGUUCCCUCCCAACAAGCUCUCUCUUCAGAUACAUGGAAGGACUUUGGCCAUUAGAUCUUUUCAUGAGUUUUCUGCUAGAGUUUUACCGGUUUUGAGCAAAGUUUCUUUGAAGAAGUUAACAAGCAAAGGAGCUACCUUUCUGCUUGGUCAGAGCUUGUUGAUAGUUUCUGCUAACCCACAGUUGGCUGCAGCAGCAGAAAUCGUGAAGCACGAACCGGUUUACGAAGUUGGAGAGUUAUUCGAACUUAGUAUUCAGCUUUCUUACUUGCUGUUACUACUUGGAUUGCUCGGAGUCGGUACUUUCUAUGUUAUCCGUCAAGUGCUUGUGCGUAGAGAACUUGACCUCUCUGCUAAAGAGUUACAGGAGCAAGUUAGGAGCGGCGAUGCAAGUGCAACUGAGCUCUUCGAGCUCGGUGCAGUGAUGCUGAGAAGGAAAUUUUAUCCUGCAGCCAACAAGUUCUUGCUUCAAGCCAUCCAGAAAUGGGAUGGUGACGACCAAGAUCUUGCCCAGGUCUAUAACGCUCUUGGGGUGAGUUAUGUCCGAGAGGAGAAACUGGACAAAGGAAUCGCUCAGUUUGAAAUGGCGGUGAAGCUGCAGCCCGGUUAUGUAACGGCUUGGAACAACCUUGGGGAUGCUUAUGAGAAGAAAAAAGAGCUGCCUUUGGCGUUAAAAGCUUUUGAAGAGGUUUUGUUGUUUGAUCCAAACAAUAAGGUGGCUCGGCCUCGACGAGAUGCGUUGAAGGAUCGCGUUAAGCUCUACAAAGGCGUUGUGGCGGUUAAGUCUAAGAAACGGUGA